AUGGCCCAGCCCGAUCCUUCCCGAUGGUCUGAAUACCUUCCCCUGGUGCUGUUGUCCCUCCGUUCCACUCUCAAGGCCGACAUCGGUUGCACUGCAGCUGAUCUUGUCUACGGAACCUCCCUACGACUGCCCGGUGAGUUAGUUUCUCCUUCAAACACGCUAACGUUUUUUGAACCUUGCAGUUAUGUGGAGCGACUACGCAGUGCCAUGCGCAAUCUCUGCGCAACGCCCCCUCGGGCGUCACCGGCCAAUUCCUUCAUCCCUCCCGACCUGGAUAAGUGCGAUUUCGUCUUGGUUCGGCAUGACGCUGUCCGACGACCACUCCAACCACCCUAUGACGGGCCGUAUAAAGUCCUUCGUCGAUCUGACAAAGACGUUGUCAUCGACCGCAACGGCAAGACCAACACAGUCAGCAUUGAUCGCGUCAAGCCGGCCUACAUCGACGACAGUGACCUUUCCUCACCCCAACACUGUGCCCCGCCGCAAACAGUGGUGCCUCCACCUUCUGGCGACAGUCCCCCUCCGGUUCGCCGCACACGAUCUGGCCGUCACGUCCACUGGCCCGACAGGUUUGUGGCUGGUUAG